AAAACUUGACCGGAACCAUUUCGGAGUUUUUGUUCAUUGAGUUUCCGGUUAAAUGAUACAGAACCAGUUCCAUGUUUUUGUAGCCACUUUUGCAACUUACAUUUUUUGGUGAAAAUCAGUAAAUCUUUAGGUUGAGUGAUUAAUUUAGAGUUUAAAAAUGACUCAUAAUCAAAAUGAGAGUGAUACAGUGACAAUAAAAAUGAGAAUAGUUGGUGAUGCCACUUAUGAUAUUGUAAUCGAUUGGCUUGAUGACGAUUGUCACCCUGAUGUUCAAUUAAAGAGACAGCUGGCAUCAAUCACAAAAAUACCAUUUAAAUGCGUAAAACCGGUUCUUUUCGUUCCUGAUGAAACAUAUUGGGGUCGCGACAUUCGUGAGCUUCGUAAAAAAUGGACCAGGAAAUCUACAUUCAUGGCUAUCCACUGUAGACAUCGCUAUGUGUUGAAGUUUUAUCUCGAUUUUGAAGGCGAUAAUUUCUAUUUCCGAUUUAUGUUGCUGGGUGAACACCUUGUGGAUGAAAAUGAAUGUACUGGCAGCUUUUGUCAAUUCAUACACAGUUUUACCUGUUUAAAGUCAUGGGUCAAAUUAGUUAAUAAUACUGAAUUGAUUGCGAAAUUGAAACAGGAAUGGGCGCCAAGCCACCACCGUGAUUACUUUUACAUUGCCAACCGUGAAAGACGGACCUCGUUUUUACGAAAACACAACGUGCUGCACUUUACAAAUAAAGUUUGCAGAUUACAUGAAAUGGACGAUCGCAUGGAAGAUGAACCUUAUUUGCGAACUCAUGGUUAAUUUAAUU